AUGGAUAAUAACAAUAAAAUUGGUACAAUAACUCGUAAGCUGACAGCUAAUGGUGGUUAUUAUUUCUCUUUAGUACAAGAACUGGAUGACAAUGUUACUAACGUCCUUAAUGUUUGCUGCAAGACGAUACUUCAAAGAGACAGUUGGGUGCAAAAUAUUAUAGCGGCACAGGAUAAUGUGCGACCUAAAGAUGCGGAAGCAUCAGGUCAUUGUUUGCAGUAUCACAGCUAUGAUAAAGCUACAGUUUGUUUUCAUUGUGAAAAGCUUCUUGUUGGUCUAUUCUAUCAAGGAUAUCAUUGCUCCGAUUGUAAACGAAAUUUGCAUCGUUCGUGCUUAUCGAUGAGUAAAUGUCCAGGAGUUGGUAUUAUAUUAACACGAAGUCAAGGUCCAAAUAGACGGAAACAUACUGCUUCCUUGCAACCCCAUGAAUGUGUCCGCGCAGUACAAUCAUUUCGAACAAACGAUCCACUGUUCCUAUCAUUUGAAAUGAAUGAUUUGAUAGAAAUCAUUCAACGAAAUGUUGAUGGCACACUGGUGGGACGAAUUGUUGCGUUUCCUAAUCGAGUUGGACUUAUUCAACCGGAAUUUGUUCGCCGAUUUCGAAUUUCGACGUCGUCAUUGCAUAUGGGUUUGUCUACAGGUACUUCAUCAAGUAGCGUUACACUGUCAUCACCGGUGGAACAUAGUGAUUCUUGCAUUAGUUCACCUCAGUUACAGCUGCCUCUUACAAACGGAGAGCGCAAAUCUUCUUCCUCGGUUGAAAACAUGUUUUUACCUCGGAAAUCGCAAAGCCAGGAUUAUGUGAAUACUGAAGUGAUGGGUCAACAGUGGUAUCGGGGACCAAUGAAGCGCUGGGAUGCGGAGGAACUAUUACGUGGCACACCCGAUGGUACCUUCUUAGUACGAUUCAGUGCAACACAGCAAAAAUAUGUUAUCAGCAUAAGUUUCAAUGGUGACGUGAAACACACAAAAGUGGAACAAUCUCCAGAAGGACGUUAUUACCUGGACGAAAGCACAAUGUUUGCAGGCAUCGUGGAGUUGAUCAACUACUAUAGAGAGAAUAAUUUGCGAGAAUCAUUCGAAACUUUAAAUACCACUUUACGACAUUCUUAUACCGAUAAACAAUCAUAUGUUGCCUUGCACAAUUUUGAAACAUCAGAGCCAAAUUUUCUCACUUUGGUGGUUGGUCAAAAAGUCUACGUGAUCAGUAGGACUGGUGAAGAUCGAGGCUGGUGGAAAGGACGUAGUGGUAAUCGAGUAGGUUACUUCCCACUUGCUUAUGUCGCACCAGCGGAAGAGGCAUGA